AUGACGAGUCCACAGCGAGCCGAGGCCCGGGGCGGGCUGAGUCCACCGCGCCUGCGCCUCAAGCCACGACCCCAGUACCGGGCGCAGCAACCGCCGCGGUCGUGGCCGCCGUCGCCGCUGCCGCCGCCGCCGCCGUCGCCAGCGCGCUGCUCCUCCUGCCCGCCACGCGCGGGCCACGCCCACGGCCACGCCCACUCCGCCUCGAGCCGGGCGCGCAGUAGCUGGGCCUUCUCUCGCUGUCUCUCGGCUGCCUCCGGCUGCGGCUCUGGUGGAGGAUCGUCUUCUGGGGCUGACAGGAGUGGACGGCGGCCCAUGGCUGCGUCCGGUCGUUUGUCCAGCACUGCUCUGACCGCCCGAGGCGCCGCAUCUCGCCUUCCCGGAGGCGGGGGCGGCGGCGUCCGGUUAUUCUCGUUGCACCAGGAGGUUGCAUAA